AGCUAGCUUGCUCCGACUGGGUCUUGCUGGGUUUCGCUGCUGCCCAUGGCACUUCGCUUCGAGCUGCUGGCUUUGGGCAGCGCACUGAUCAUCCAGCUCUUCUAUUCGCAGCUCUACGAGACCUUCUUCCAGCAAAGUGCAGCAGAACCAGGAACCACUGCACCAAGUGCGUCACCAAGCACCCCCAAGGUGGACGAUGUGCCCAACCUUGAAGUGAUUGAAGUGCGCGAGUAUUUGUCCUCUGAGUGUGAUGGGCCGCCUGCCCGGGUUUGGGAGAUCCGGGUCGAGGUGGAGUCGACACCUGAUCACCCUGGAGUCCUGCCCUGCAUCAAAAUUCGUCCUCAGAUGAAAGUUCCAGGGGAAAUGACUUCACGGGCAUUGGCAGAGAAUCUCUACGGUAGAGUGUCCUGUGAGACACUUCGGCACGAAGAAGGCGGAUUUCUGGAUUUAUGCUCUGAUGAGACCUGCAGCGAAGCUGGCUGCCAAAGAAUCUCCAUUGUACCUGAAGGUGAGUGUGGACUGAGCUUUACUGGCUUUUCAGCUGUGCCAGGAGCCAGGCGAGUCCCCUUCCGGAGACGUCUCCAGUCGGUUGGGCGCGGGAUGCGGCGGAGCCUGGCUGGACUCGCUGGAGUUGCUGGUCCAAUUUGGAGUUGUUGGCUGUUUGCUCCCUGCCGACACUUCUCACCAGCCGGGCGCUGCGGACACAUUCACUUGAGAGCUGAGAAAAUCAUCGACCUGUCCAGCUUGGACUUGUCAGUGAAUGACACAGAUGAAGCAGACGAUUGGGAAGCAAUGAUUGACCGCAUGGACUUUCAAGGAGGCCUUCCAACAGCCAGUGAUUUCCGAGCUCCUGAACAAUCUUCUGCCUAUGAUGAAGAGGCCUUCUUGGAGAUCGAAGCCACAGAACUCAAGAGGGCAUUGCAGAAUGGCUAUGCGAUUUGGGAUGUCCGAGAGCCAGAUGAGUACCGUCUGGGACAUUUGCCACAGUCCAAAAACGUGCCACUCUCGGACUUGGAAGCUGCAUUGGAGCCGUUUCCGGAAAGGGGAUUGCUGCUCAUUUGUGCCACUGGAAGCCGAUCCUCACAGGCUCAAGUCCGAUUGUCGAGAGUCUAUGGGAUUUCAAACGUCUUCAGUGUGCGGGGAGGCUUGGCAGCUUGGGAGGCGGCCGGAGGACAAGUUUCCUUGAACUAUUCCGGAGAUGAUCUUUGACUGGCUGUUUCACUCCGAAGCUGAAGAUUUGGACAUGCCAAGACUGCUUAACCGCCUUCACUUUGAUUCCUGAAUUUUGGGACUGAACUUGGGUGUAUUGGCAGUGGUGAAUGAGAAGGCAGUCACAGGCGUCCAUUGAACAAAGGGCCAAUCUGCUACGGAUGCGGGCCGCACUUCGCAUGAAUCCAAUCACAACCUCACCAAAAGGUUGAACAGUUGAACACGAAUGAGUGGCCAUCGUCAAGUGACCUCAGCAGAAGUCUGGCCAACAGCCACCAGCAUUGCAAGUUUGACACAUAAACAUUUGCGUCCCUAUGCAGACUAAUUAUCCGCCGCAUGCGACUGAAGCUUUGAGAGAUGGUCAGGCAAACAAGAUUCUCCACCAGGAUUCUGCGAGUCAGCGCUCUUUGGGCAGGGACUACUAGUAACAAGAAGCUAUAUUCUAGGAGCUAGGUUUGAAGGUGAGUCCAGUGCGCACCGGGACUACCCAGCACCCUUGGAAGCUUUGCGGCACAUGCUGGAGGGCCAUCAGCCUACAAAAGAGCGGAUGUAGGGAGCAGUGCGGUUUGAAGGUUUGUCUUCAAUGUAGGAAGACUAUCAACCCCAGUAUUGAAAUUCUGCUUUGCCUUUUCCUGAACAGUUUCUCACCGUUUGUUCAUAGUUUCUCGCGCAAAGGCUUCCCCAACAAAGUUGUCCAACAAGAUGGUAUUGAAGGGAACAUUUAUAGGUCAGAUAGUUUCAGGAGUUCUCCACUUCCUCCCCAGAGCUUGCCAGAUUUGUUUUGGAUACGGCUCCAUUUGUUGAAGGCGGGCACUGCUGGCAUCCAGCUACACUUUCGCAGCUGUCGUUCUUGGCCUACAGGGCUGGAGGUGAUGCAAGAGGACAUAUUCUCAAC